AUGGCCCCAUUUGAGACUCUUUAUGGAAGGAGAUGUAAGUUUCCUAUCAGUUGGUUUGAUGCAUUUGAGGUAAGGCCAUGGGGUACAGAUCUUUCAAGAGAGUCAUUAGAUAAGGUUAAGGUGAUUCAAGAAAAGCUACUGGCAGCCCAGAGUAGGCAGAAGGAAUAUGCGGAUCGAAAGAGAUAUCAUGGUGAUGGUUCAUUUAUCAUUCGUGGGGAUUUUGUCUUGGUGGAUGAGAACUUGUCUUAUGAGGAAGAGCCUAUUACUCUUCUAGAUAGAGAGAUUUGUAAUUUGAGGUCUAAGGAGAUUGCAUCAGUGAAGGUUCAGUGGAAAAACUGCUUCGUUGAGGAAAGAGCUACGAGAGACCGAAUCGAGAUAUGCGUAAUAAUUAUCCCCAGCUUUUCAUUGAGUAAG